AUGACUAUCACGACACCACCAAGGGCCUCUUCCCCCUCGUCGGGCUUUGGCACCAGAGCCGUCCACGCCGGCUCUGAGCACGAUCCCAGCACCGGUGCCGUGAUCCCCGCCAUCUCCCUCUCGACGACCUUUGCGCAAACGGCCGUCGGCCAACCGGUUGGCGAGUAUGAGUACUCUAGGUCCUCCAACCCUAAUCGCAAAAACUUUGAGGACAUGGUGGCGGCCCUCGAGAACGCCAAGCACGCCCUCGCCUUCUCUUCCGGUAGCGCCACCACUGCCGUGAUCCUCCAGUCGCUUGCCUCUGGCUCGCACGUCAUCUCUGUCUCCGACGUCUAUGGCGGCACCCACCGUUACUUCACCCAGGUCGCCAAGGCCCACGGUGUGAAGGUCACCUUCACCCCCGAGAUCGAGGUUGACAUCCGCGAGCACAUCACCCCUGCCACCAAGCUGGUAUGGAUCGAGACUCCCAGCAACCCUACCCUCCGUCUCGUCGACAUCCGCGCCGUCGCGACUGCUGCCCACGAGCACGGCAUCAUGGUUGUUGUCGACAACACCUUCCUGAGCCCUUACAUCCAGAACCCUCUUGAUCACGGCGCCGAUAUUGUGGUGCACAGUGUCACCAAGUACAUCAACGGCCACAGCGACGUCGUCAUGGGUGUCGCCGCCUUCAACAGCGAGGAGCUCUUCAAGAGGCUCUCGUUCCUGCAGAACGCCAUCGGCGCCAUCCCCUCGGCGUUUGACGCGUGGCUUGCCCACCGUGGAGCUAAGACUCUGCACCUGCGUGCCCGCGAGGCCACGACCAAUGCGACGGCUGUCGGCCACGCCCUGGAGGCCAGCCCCCACGUCAUCGCGGUCAACUACCCCGGUCUCGACUCUCACCCGCAUCGCGCCAUCGCCAAGAAGCAGCACCGCAACGGCAUGGGUGGCGGCAUGCUGUCAUUCCGCAUCCGUGGGGGUCACGCCGCGGCCGAGCGUUUCUGCCAGCUGACCAGAAUCUUUACACUUGCCGAGUCCCUAGGCGGUGUCGAAAGCUUGUGCGAGGUGCCAAGCAGCAUGACCCACGCUGGUAUUCCUAAGGAGCAGCGUGAGGCUGUUGGUGUCUUUGACGACCUUGUCCGUCUCAGCUGCGGUGUUGAGGAUGCCGAGGACCUCAAGAACGAUGUUCUCCAGGCUCUUGAGCGUGCUGUUGCCGAGACUUCCAACGGCAACGGUACCAAUGGUGUCAACGGUCACUAA